CAGAUAAUCGGAGAAUCUCGGCGUAAGGAUGCCACAUACAGGUCAAGCUGGUGUGAACCAAUUGGGUGGGGUAUUUGUGAAUGGACGACCAUUACCAGACUGCGUUAGACAGAGAAUUGUCCAGUUGGCUCUCGUUGGUGUUCGACCCUGUGACAUAUCACGCCAAUUACUCGUCUCUCAUGGAUGUGUCUCCAAGAUCUUGACGAGAUUUUAUGAGACUGGUAGCAUAAGACCUGGAAGCAUCGGCGGAAGUAAAACCAAGCAAGUGGCAACGCCGACGGUGGUGAAGAAGAUCCUGAGGAUGAAACAGGAGCAACCGACAAUGUUCGCCUGGGAAAUAAGAGAGCAAUUGGCUAGACAGGGUGCAUGUGAUCCACAGAGUCUACCUUCUGUAUCGUCGGUCAAUAGAAUACUGAGAGGUGGUGGAUUGCAUUCAGAUCAUCCAGGAAUUGAUGCUGGAUCAUCCAGCGGAUAUCAGCCCCACGUGCCAUCAAGUCCGGAGACCAGAGAAGCCCUGAUGAGAACGGAUUAUCAAUUAUUUUACCCCAGCUCCCUGGGUCCCCUUCACAUCUCAACGAGUGGAUCAACUGGAAAUCCAAAUGCACCAACGUGGAAUCCUGGAUUUUACUCAUCCCUUUAUCAAGCAACAACACUGCAUCUGCAUCACGGAAUGCAGACAUUCACUACCCUAGAGCAAGAUAGAUUGACGGAGCAGCAGACUGGACAGAGUCAGGUUGAACUUAAAUCAAGUUCAAGCUCAAUGACCGGAAGUGAUGACUCCCUCGAUAAAAGUGAUCUAGAUGAUAACGCUGAUUCCCAGGAAAAUUACAAAUCUUUUCAAAAUUCACCGAUAAUUCUAGAGUUGGGUCAGAAAAUAGGAAGCGAUCGGAGCGCAUUCGUUCGCCAUGGAACGCCCAAUUCGUCAAAUAAUUUUGAAAUAUCCCGGACUAGUCCCUCGUCGCCAACUGGAGAUGACCUCGUACCCCAGAGUGCGAGAACUAGUAAUGAAAAUUCAAAUGAUAUCAGUACAGAACAGCUGUCCUCCAACAACAGACCUCAACCCCAGAAAAAACGAAAUCCUUACUCCAUAGAAGAAUUAUUAAAAAAAGACGAACGUGGAGUUAAUUGUAAACGACCGAGAGUAAUUGCUACAGGUAUCGUCCAGCCAUGUGGCAUAAUUGUUGGCAAAGAUGGUUAGAAUGCAGUAGAAAAAUAAAAAAUGAUAAAAAAAUGUAAAUGAAAAGUAGUUUAAUUAUUGAAAUAACGUAGAUGAAAU